CAACUUUUCUCAUUGUUUCUCACGGCAGAGGCAGACGUCAUUAGCAGCUACUGCCCGAGACAGAAACAGAGGAAGAACCCAGCUGCUACACUCUAAAUUAAACCCGAAAGAGCGGCCAUGAAGUUGUCUUUCCUCCGCAGUGCUUGUGGCAGUCUCCGGAUACAUUCAAGAAGCAGGGUCAGCGGUGUGACGCAGAGAUGCUUACCGGUGGCUGCUCGUGCCGACUGCCGGUGGAUCCACCGGGCAGCCGGCGAUUCCAGCAGCAGCGGCACCAGCCCGAAAUUAGCUGUCCAUUCCGGGAAGAAGUCCUGGAACAAAGACGUGUUUGAGUUGGACACGUCUCUGAAGGAAGUGGUUCAGAGCACCAAGGAGUCAAUGGUGGCUUUGCAGAGAAGAUAUCCAUCGAUUCAACCCGUGCUAGCAAUCAUACAGACAGGUGAAGAUGACAGCCUGCUGGAGAUCAAUAAGAAAAUGGCAGGAAAGCUUGGUUUGAACAUCGUUCAGAUUUGCCUGGCAAAAGAGUGCAGUGAAGAUGAAAUCGUAGAUGAGCUGUUGAAGCUUAAUGAGGACCCCAGGGUUCAUGGCGUCUACCUCCACCUUCCCCCGACUUUCCUCACCAGUCGAGUACUCGACACUCUGAAACCCGAGAAGGACAUAGAUGGGAUAACAGAUUUAAAUAUUGGACGUUUGGUACGUGGAGACCUGAGCAAAGGUUUUGUGUCACCCAUAGCCAGUGCCAUCCUGGAUCUGCUCGAGAAACACGAUGCUCCCUUAAAAGAAAAAACAGUGUUGUUAGUCGGGGGAGAAGGACCAUUUGCAUUUUCCCUGCAGUUCCUGAUAGAGAAAAGUGGAAUGGUUGCUUCCAAGACUAACUGGAGCUCCAGAGACCUUCAGAGUCAGGUGAUGCAGGCUGAUGCUGUUGUGCUUCUCGGCGCUGGUAACAUGAAUCUUCCUCCCACCUGGUUUAGACCAGGGACUGCUGUCAUUCACUGUGAGUCCAUGCUGGAGCCAGGUGACCAGGCCACUGAGAUGUCCUCUCAGUCUGAGUUAUGGUAUCUUGCAGCGGCUUACAGAACACAGAAUGUGGUACGUAGUUGCAGUCGGUGGAUCCAGGGGAAGCAGUAUCGACAGUGGAGUUUGCGAAACCUCAAACUGCAGCCGCUGAUGCCAGUGCCAUGUGAUAUAGAGAUUUCCAGAGCUCAGAUUCCCAAACCAGUAGUUCAGCUGGCUGAGGAGAUUGGUUUGCUUCCAGAGGAGCUUGAAUCCUAUGGCAGGAACAAAGCUAAGGUCCAACUCUCUCUGUUGGACCGCCUUCAAACACAGCCAGAUGGGAAAUAUGUAUUGGUUGCUGGUAUAACUCCCACCCCUCUUGGUGAAGGUAAAAGCACAGUGACCAUUGGACUUGUCCAGGCUCUGUCCGCACAUCUUAAGCUCAACUCCUUCGCCUGUCUCCGACAGCCCUCACAGGGACCCACCUUUGGGGUUAAAGGGGGUGCUGCAGGAGGGGGAUAUGCCCAGGUCAUUCCCAUGGAGGAGUUUAACCUCCAUUUGACUGGAGACAUUCAUGCCAUCACUGCUGCCAAUAACCUGGUGGCAGCGGCCAUCGAUGCCAGGAUGCUCCAUGAGGCAACGCAGUCAGACAAGGCUUUGUUUAAUAGACUGGUCCCUUCAGUAAAUGGAGUCAGAAGAUUUUCACCCAUUCAGAUCUCCAGACUACAUCGUCUUGGCAUCAACACAACAGACCCAGCAUCUCUCACACCCCAGGAAAUUAGCACCUUCGUCCGUCUUGACCUUGACCCUUCUCAGAUCACCUGGCACAGAGUUGUUGAUACAAAUGACCGUUUCUUGAGAAAGAUCACAGUUGGACAGGCAAGCACUGAAAAAGGACAGAUCAGAGAGACUGGGUUCGACAUCGCAGUGGCCAGUGAAAUCAUGGCCAUCUUGGCUCUGGCAGACGGCCUCGAGGACAUGAGAAACAGACUGGCACGCAUAGUUGUGGGGACCAGUCGCUCUGGACAGCCUGUCACCACAGAGGACCUGGGUGUGAGUGGAGCACUGGCGGUGUUAAUGAAAGAUGCCAUCAAGCCCACAUUGAUGCAGACCCUUGAGGGCACGCCAGUGUUUGUCCAUGCUGGGCCCUUUGCCAACAUCGCCCAUGGCAACUCCUCAGUGCUGGCAGACAAGCUUGCUUUGAAGUUGGUUGGACAGGAUGGCUUUGUUGUGACUGAAGCUGGUUUCGGAGCAGACAUCGGGAUGGAGAAAUUCUUCAACAUCAAAUGCCGAGCAUCAGGUUUGCGACCUAAUGUGGUGGUGCUGGUUGCAACCAUUCGAGCACUGAAGAUGCACGGAGGAGGCCCAAAUGUUUCAGCAGGCACACCUCUUCCAAAAGAGUACAUCGAUGAGAAUCUGAGUCUGGUUGCGGGGGGUUGCCAUAGCAAUCUGAGAAAGCAGAUCCAGAUUGCACAUCAGUUCGGGGUACCAGUCGUGGUGGCGCUCAAUGUCUUUAAGACAGACACCCAGGCGGAGAUUGACCUUGUGUGUCAGAUUGCAAAAGAGUGCGGCGCGUCUGACGCUGUGCCUUGUCACCACUGGGCGCACGGUGGUCGAGGGUCUCUGGAGUUGGCCCAUGCUGUGAAUGAAACUGCCAACAAACCCAGCAACUUCCAGUUCCUGUACAACAUAGAGAUGCCAAUAGCAGAGAAGAUCAAAACAAUUGCUCAGAAAGUGUACGGAGCAGAUGACAUUGAACUGUCACCAGCAGCCCAAGCCAAGAUAGAGUACUACAAUCAACAGGGCUACAGUUCGUUGCCCAUCUGCAUGGCAAAGACGCACCUGUCCCUGUCCCACAUGCCUGACAAGAAGGGAGCACCCACAGGAUUUGUUUUGCCAAUCAGAGAAGUCCGUGCAAGCAUCGGGGCUGGCUUCAUCUUCCCACUUGUGGGAACGAUGAGCACCAUGCCUGGUCUGCCAACUCGCCCCUGUUUCUACGACAUUGACCUGAACCCGGUCACAGAGGAGAUCACUGGGCUGUUCUGAUCACAGAUGUCCACAUAAUGUAUCAUCCCACUUGCGUGCAUAUAAAUAUAAAGUGUUUUGUCCCAUUUAUCCACGUAUCGUAUCUAAAGGAAACUGCGUUGUACCAGUAUAAAUAUUUUACUGGCAGUUAUUGUCUUUAUGACUUGUUACAUGAGGCUGUUUCCUCCCUGGAGUUCACUUCAGUUUAUUACAUUCACUCAGUGCCAAGCCUUUGAGUCUUUGAGGCUGCACUCUCUCACUCUCACAACGGUGAAAUUCACCAUCUUGUUUUUGGCUCAGACUCUGAGCUCUGUUUUCAUCGUCUCUUCAGCUUCAUGCGUGCGCCGUAAAACUCAUCCAUCUUCUGCACAUUUGACAGAAAAUGUCUGUUUUUUUUUUACUCAUUCCAGCUGCUUUAAUGUUUCCCACUUUUACAGUGACGUGUUCUUCGGAGAAAAGAAAAAACAACAAAUGAAGAAGAUGACGAAUGAACACUGUAUUUGCACGAUUAUGUCAAAAGAUGGGCAGCUACAGCCUUUUUAUAUACGUGUUUAACCUUAACUGUUUUUACAACUGAAAAUGUGUGGUUUGUGUAUUUAUUUACCGCAGAUGUACGCACAAAACAGUCAUUUUAUUUACAUCCGUGUCUUACAUGUCGUUACAAUCACUACAGUUGCACUCCCAAUUUUGGUACUAUGUUUGAGAUUUUGCUGAAGUACAGUUUUAUAUGAUGAUGUCAGUAUGUAUUGAAUAUGUGUCACAGGUCUUAAGCUGUUCUUUUUUUUGUUUGGUUUUUUGAAAUCAAGGUUACUUUCAUUUCAUUGUCCUUCAUCUGCUGUAGAAGACUGGGAAGCAUUGAAUACAACAGACGUUAACCUUUUCACCUGUCUACGUUGCUGUCACUCAAGUGAGGGCUGGUUUACAAACAGCCCUCUUAAUGUACUGCUAUCACAAUACAAUCCGGGCCCUAUUGAUUUUCUGAUAUCAUUUCGGUCAACACUCCGUGUAUCUGUUUUUUAUCAGUGUUUAUUUUACUGCUA